AUGGCGCUCCUCACGUACAGAACCAACAUCAACUACGAAGCGCAAUUAGCCGCCUUCGAACACUUCCUCCAGGUCUUCAAGACCACCCCGGAGCAGGCCAUCACCCAGGCGCUCGGCAACAUCAACAUCGACGAGGAUGAUUUAAGCGACGAGUACGACUUUAUGGACGAGGAUGACGAGGCUCACCAGCGCCGGAUGCAGGAGAAGGCUCGGCGUAGAGCCCCGCAGCACAAGUACCGAGACAUGCUGCAACAGCUCGCCAACCGCAAGAUUGACGAAGUGUGCAUCGAGCUGGACGACCUCGCAGCAUUUGAGGAAGACCUGAACGAAAACAUGCAGCUCACCCAGUCCAUCGAGACCAACACCAAGCACUAUGUCGAGAUCAUGUCGAGGGCAGUCGACAAGUCCAUGCCCGAGCCGGAUGCCGACAUCACGUUCAAGGACGAUGUCCUCGACGUGCUCAUGGCCCGGCGCCGGGUUCGCAACCAGGAGCUGGCCGAAGCCGCCGAGACCAUGGUGAACCCCACCAUAAUGGAGGACACCUUCCCUGCCGAGCUCACGCGGCGAUACACCCUGGUCUUCAAGCCCAGGACCGCAGUCGGCGACAAGGCCGGCAAGGCCUUGGCCGUCCGGCAGGUCCGCGGCGACCACCUGGGCCAUCUCAUCACCGUCCGCGGCAUUGCCACCAGGGUGACGGACGUCAAGCCCAUCACCCAGGUCAGCGCCUACACCUGCGAGAGCUGCGGCUGCGAGAUCUUCCAGCCCGUCUCCGACAAGCAGUUUACCCCGUUGGCGGUCUGCCCGUCCAAGGACUGCAAGGCCAACCAGUCCAAGGGCCAGCUCAACCCCUCGUCGAGGGCUUCCAAGUUCCUGCCCUUCCAGGAGGUCAAGAUCCAGGAGCUCGCUGAGCAGGUGCCUAUCGGCCAGAUUCCCAGAACCCUGACCGUUCUCUGCUACGGUAGUUCCGUUCGCAGGAUCAACCCGGGUGACGUGGUCGACAUCGCCGGCAUCUUCCUGCCGACACCGUACACCGGCUUCCAGGCCAUGCGCGCCGGCCUCCUCACCGACACCUACCUCGAGGCGCACCACAUCCUGCAGCACAAGAAGGCCUACGAGCAGAUGACUAUCGAUCCCCAGCUCGUGAGGAGGAUCGACCAGUUCCGCCAGUCGGGCCACGUCUACGAGUACCUGGCCAAGUCGAUCGCGCCCGAGAUCUUUGGCCACCUCGAUGUCAAGAAGGCCCUGCUCCUGCUCCUCGUCGGCGGUGUCACCAAGCAGAUGGGCGACGGCAUGAAGAUCCGUGGCGACAUCAACAUCUGCCUCAUGGGUGACCCCGGUGUGGCAAAGUCGCAGCUGCUCAAGUACAUCUCCAAGGUCGCGCCCCGUGGCGUCUACACCUCCGGCCGCGGCAGCAGUGGCGUCGGUCUGACGGCCGCCGUCAUGCGCGACCCGGUCACCGACGAGAUGAUCCUGGAGGGCGGCGCCCUCGUCCUGGCCGACAACGGCAUCUGCUGCAUCGACGAGUUCGACAAGAUGGACGACAACGACCGCACGGCCAUCCACGAGGUCAUGGAGCAGCAGACCAUCAGCAUCAGCAAGGCCGGCAUCUCGACGACGCUCAACGCGCGCACCUCGAUCCUGGCCGCGGCCAACCCGGUCUACGGCCGCUACAACCCGCGCAUCUCGCCCGUCGAGAACAUCAACCUGCCCGCCGCCCUGCUCUCCCGCUUCGACGUCCUCUUCCUGCUGCUCGACACGCCCUCGCGCGACACCGACGCCCAGCUCGCCAAGCACGUCGCCUACGUGCACAUGCACAGCCGGCACCCGGACCUGGGCGGCGGCGCGGGCGCCGACGUCAUCUUCUCCCCGCACGAGGUCCGCUCCUACGUCGCGCAGGCGCGCACCUUCCGGCCCGUCGUGCCCGAGGGCGUCUCCGACUACCUCAUCAAGACGUACGUGCGCAUGCGCGACAGCCAGAAGCGCGCCGAGCGCAAGGGCAAGCAGUUCACGCACACGACGCCCCGCACCCUGCUCGGCGUCGUGCGCCUGGCCCAGGCGCUCGCGCGCCUGCGCUUCUCCGACGCGGUCGUCCAGGACGACGUCGACGAGGCGCUGCGCCUCAUCGAGGCCAGCAAGGAGAGCCUGGCCGCCGAGCAGGGCGCCGCCGGCGGCCGCAGGGCGCUCAACGCCAGCAGCAGGAUCUACAACCUCGUCAAGGCGCUCGCCGACACGGGCGCGUGCCGGGCCGACGACGCGGGCGAUGACGAGGACGAGGAGGAGGACCAGUACGGCGUGGAGCUGAGCCUGAGGAAGGUCAAGGAGCGCGUCAUCGCCAAGGGCUUCACCGAGGACCAGUGGCUGACGGCCUUGGACGAGUACACCUCUCUUGAUGUCUGGCAAACAUCUGGCAACGGCACGAGGCUGACCUUUGUUACUGCUAAUAACGGUGAUGAGGACGAGAUUGACUUUUGA